AGCAGCAGCUCUGUAUAGUACACGCACCAUGGCAUCAACACGAGGAGCUAUCAGAGUCCUUACAGCAGUCUUUCUACUGGCCAGAGGAUGCUUCUCACAGCUGGAUGUGUGUGGCCAGGCCCCUCUCAACACACGCAACACGCGCAUCGUGGGCGGACAGAACGCACCAGCGGGGGCGUGGCCAUGGCAGGCCAGUCUGACACGUAAUGGAAGGCACUUCUGCGGAGGGUCCCUCAUCAACAAUGACUGGGUUCUGACCGCCGCCCACUGCUUUUCCAGCACCAGCACCUCUGGCCUGGUCAUCUUCCUCGGACGGCAGACUCAGGAGGGCAGCAACGCCAACGAGGUCUCCAGUACCGUCACUCAGGUCAUCAAUCAUCCCAAAUACAACGACUCAACCAGCGAUAACGACAUCGCCCUCCUCCAACUAUCCUCCUCCGUCAGCUUCACCAACUACAUCCGCCCCGUCUGCCUGGCAGCGGCCAGCAGCACUUUCAACAGGGGCACGGACAGCUGGGUAACCGGCUGGGGCACGAUUGCAUCAGGAGUGCCCCUCCCCUCACCCCAGACGCUACAGGAAGUGGAGGUGCCCAUCGUGGGAAACAGGAAGUGCUUCUGCAAGUACAGCGUGCGGAACAUGGGCAUCACAGACAACAUGAUCUGUGCCGGGAGGGACGAGGGAGGCAAGGACUCCUGUCAGGGAGACUCUGGUGGUCCGAUGGUGAGUAAGCAGAAUAACAGGUGGGUCCAGUCUGGCGUCGUGAGCUUCGGUAUCGGCUGUGCUCUGGCAGAAUUCCCAGGGGUGUACGCACGCGUCUCCCAGUACGAGAGCUGGAUCAAGACUCAGAUCACCAGUAACCAGCCGGGCUUCGUCACGUUCACCUCCAGUGGGACUGACUCGGACCUUACUACCACCUGUGCUGGUCUGCCUGCCAUCACCACCAUUGCACCCACCACAGUGGCACCGGUGGUAUGUGGACGGGCGGCUCUGAACUCGCGUCUGAUUGGUGGAUCGGACGUGGUGGCGGGGGUGUGGCCCUGGAUGGCCAGUCUGCACAGUACGGAACGCGGUGCCCACGUGUGCGGAGGAACUCUGGUCAGUGAGGACCUUGUCCUCACAUCAGCCAACUGCUUCUCUAGUUCUCCUUCAGCAUCCAAUUGGACGGUGUUUCUGGGCCGCCAGAGACAGAACGGCUCCAACCCCAAUGAGGUGUCAGUGGGCGUGGCCAACAUCACUCUGAGCACCCUAUCAGGCGAUAACGUAGCCAUGCUGCAGUUAACCAGGAAGCCCACCCUCUCCAACUUCAUCCAGCCAAUCUGUGUGGAGCAGGACGGGGCCACUAUCGCCACGGGAACCACCUGCUGGGUUGCAGGCUGGGGCAACACCACAGGUGAGCAGCCUCUUAAGGAAGUGCAGACAUCAGUGGUUGCCUGUGGCAACGCAUCCUCCUCUGCUGAUGACAUCUGCACCAACACUGUUCAGAUAGAACAGGGUGAUAUGGGAGGUCCUCUCAUGUGUAAACAGGGGAGUUCAUGGUUCCAGCUCUCAGUGUUCACCAUCACCUCCUCUUCAUCCAACUCCACCUCUUCAUCCAACUCCACCUCUUCAUCCAACUCCACCUCUUCAUCCAACUCCACCUCAUCCAACUCCACCUCAUCCAACUCCACCUCUUCAUCCAACUCCACCUCAUCCAACUCCACCUCAUCCAACUCCACCUCAUCCAACUCCACCUCCAGAGACCUCGGCCAAUCAGAUCGCGCCUCAGCCUCAGCGCAGGUCUUUAGCCGGACAUCUCGUUUCAGAAGCUUCCUGUCGAGUUUCUCUUUCCCCUCCGUCGCCACGAGCACCAACAGCACCACCACCACCACCACAGCCAUCACCACCACCACCAUUGCAACCACCACAGUGGCCCCGGUGGUAUGUGGACGGGCGGCUCUGAACUCGCGUCUGAUUGGUGGAUCGGACGUGGUGGCGGGGGUGUGGCCCUGGAUGGCCAGUCUGCACAGUAAGGAACGCGGUGCCCACGUGUGCGGAGGAACUCUGGUCAGUGAGGACCUCGUCCUCACAUCAGCCAACUGCUUCUCUAGUUCUCCUUCAGCAUCCAAUUGGACGGUGUUUCUGGGCCGCCAGAGACAGAACGGCUCCAACCCCAAUGAGGUGUCAGUGGGCGUGGCCAACAUCACUCUGAGCACCCUAUCAGGCGAUAACGUAGCCAUGCUGCAGUUAACCAGGAAGCCCACCCUCUCCAACUUCAUCCAGCCAAUCUGUGUGGAGCAGGGCGGGGCCACUAUCGCCACGGGAACCACCUGCUGGGUUGCAGGCUGGGGCAACACCACAGGUGAGCAGCCUCUUAAGGAAGUGCAGACAUCAGUGGUUGCCUGUGGCAACGCAUCCUCCUCUGCUGAUGACAUCUGCACCAACACUGUUCAGAUAGAACAGGGUGAUAUGGGAGGUCCUCUCAUGUGUAAACAGGGGAGUUCAUGGUUCCAGCUCUCAGUGUUCACCAUCACCUCCUCUUCAUCCAACUCCACCUCUUCAUCCAACUCCACCUCUUCAUCCAACUCCACCUCUUCAUCCAACUCCACCUCAUCCAACUCCACCUCAUCCAACUCCACCUCUUCAUCCAACUCCACCUCAUCCAACUCCACCUCAUCCAACUCCACCUCAUCCAACUCCACCUCCAGAGACCUCGGCCAAUCAGAUCGCGCCUCAGCCUCAGCGCAGGUCUUUAGCCGGACAUCUCGUUUCAGAAGCUUCCUGUCGAGUUUCUCUUUCCCCUCCGUCGCCACGAGCACCAACAGCACCACCACCACCACCACAGCCAUCACCACCACCACCAUUGCAACCACCACAGUGGCCCCGGUGGUAUGUGGACGGGCGGCUCUGAACUCGCGUCUGAUUGGUGGAUCGGACGUGGUGGCGGGGGUGUGGCCCUGGAUGGCCAGUCUGCACAGUACGGAACGCGGUGCCCACGUGUGCGGAGGAACUCUGGUUGGUGAGGACCUCGUCCUCACAUCAGCCAACUGCUUCUCUAGUUCUCCUUCAGCAUCCAAUUGGACGGUGUUUCUGGGCCGCCAGAGACAGAACGGCUCCAACCCCAAUGAGGUGUCAGUGGGCGUGGCCAACAUCACUCUGAGCACCCUAUCAGGCGAUAACGUAGCCAUGCUGCAGUUAACCAGGAAGCCCACCCUCUCCAACUUCAUCCAGCCAAUCUGUGUGGAGGAGGGCGGGGCCACUAUCGCCACGGGAACCACCUGCUGGGUUGCAGGCUGGGGCAACACCACAGGUGAGCAGCCUCUUAAGGAAGUGCAGACAUCAGUGGUUGCCUGUGGCAACGCAUCCUCCUCUGCUGAUGACAUCUGCACCAACACUGUUCAGAUAGAACAGGGUGAUAUGGGAGGUCCUCUCAUGUGUAAACAGGGGAGUUCAUGGUUCCAGCUUUCAGUGGUCACCAUCACCUCCUCUUCAUCCAACUCCACCUCAUCCAACUCCACCUCCUCGUCCAACUCCACCUCCAGAGACCUCGGCCAAUCAGAUCGCGCCUCAGUGCAGGUGUUUAGCCGGACAUCUCGUUUCAGAAGCUUCCUGUCGAGUUUCUCCUUCCCCUCGACCACCACAGCGUCCAGUGGGGGGCGCCACUCCUGCAUGGCCCUCUCCCUCCUCUCCCUCCUCCUCCUCGCACUCACCCCUCUGCUGGCCUCCCAGCACUAGCCUUCAGGUCAAAGGUCAAGAAUACCCACAACCCACUGCUGCACCUAGACCUACACACCACUUGGUUUAAAACAACAACAACAUUUACAUGCAGGCCAUGCUGCUAUCAGGGAUCAACGUUGUGAAGGAAGCACUGUCAGCUCAUUGAAGUAACUGGACAUGAGCUUUGUACGUGACUGGCUAUCUGCACUACAAGUGACCGCAGGUCCUCUGGUUUGAUGUUAGCACUUUAAACCAAUAGUUGUUAUUUAUUGCAAUGAAAAUGUUCAAUUUUAUGUGGCAGUUUUAGAUGAAAAGUCCAUUUUUGUCUGUGACGUUGACUGUGACUGUGAUGUUUUGUAUGUAAGCGAGGCAGCCCUUUAACUAGUUAGUUAGUUUAUUAGUUAGUUAGUUAGUUUAUUAGUUGCAGCCCUUUGCUAUAGUUAGUUAGUUAGUUUAUUGGAUGCAGCCCUUUGCUAUAGUUAGUUAGUUUAUUAGUUAGUUUAUUAGUUGCGGCCCUUUACUAUAGUUAGUUAGCUCGUUUAUUAGUUGUCCCCUUAGGGAAAUUCUUUUCCACAUUUUCCUAUUUCAGACAUAUUUCAGACACCUCAGACAUUUGACACAGACAUGUUCAUACAUCAUUGGGGUUCAUGGGGAACAUACAAUAUUGCACUGCACACAUUAUCUGUGGGGCUUUGUCUCGUUGAGUAUUGGGAUGGCUGAGGGGAUUAGGCUUCUGCUGAAGUAGCCUUUAUUGCAUCUUACGCUUCUAAGUAUAUAUACUCUUUUGAUCCUGUGAGGGAAAUUCCAUACCUCCUGCCAGAGGGUAGGGGUGAGAAGUAACGGUUUAGUGGGUGAGUAAUGUCCAGGGAUAUUACAUGAGCGAUACGUGUAAUGGCCCUGGUGUUUAGUUCUUGUAAAUUCGGGGUGUGGAGACCUAUUGUUUUGGUGGCAGUAUUGGUUAUCUGGGUGAGUUUGUUAUGCUUUUUUACAGUAAGCAUGUUGAAGAAGCAGGUGGAACAGUAUGACAGGAUGGGUUGGACAAUGCUGGUAUACAAUAUAACAGGAUGGGUUGGACAAUGCUGUUAUACAAUAUAACAGAAUGGGUUGGACAAUGCUGGUAUACAGUAGUAGGAGUAGAUGGGGGCAACAUGAAGUCCUUUUAGUUUGCGCACUGCUGACAGUCUCUGGUUUCCUUUUUUUGGAUGUUGUGUGAUGUUCAAAGGUGAGGUUAUUGUCAAUUGUGAGUCCAAGGUAUUUGAAAUGGUCUACGAUAUCUACUGUUUCCUUGUUAAUGAUGAUGGGGUGGUGGGAUUGUGCAUUUCCAAAAAACAUUUCUUUUGUUUUUCUGAUGUUGAGUUUGAGAUAGUUAUCUCCACACCAUUGAGUAUCUACACUUGCACGAGACUGCAUGGUCAGGUUCCUUCCUUUCUUCUUGUUUACGUAGCAAAUUAUUGUUGUUUUGUGUUGCUGUUAAACAUAUCCCAUGAUGUAUAUACAUCAUACAUAUCUAAUAGUAAGGGCUAAUGGUUUAUACUUGAUAGAAAACACAACGAUACAUGGGUUUACAUGGAUACGUUUGGCUCAAUCGGAAUAUAAAUGACACAUAUUAACACCUCGAUCAGAAUAUAAAUGACAUAUUAACACCUUGAUCGGAAUAUAAAUGACACAUAUAAACACCUUGAUCGGAAUAAAACUGCUGAUCCGAUUAGAAUUUUAAUCAGAAUGAAAGAGGUGGUGUACUCCGUUUUUAUUCCGAUUGAACAGCCGUGUAUACGGCCAAUCAGAUUGAACAGCCAUACGGCCAAUCAGAUGGCCCGCUGUAUCUUCUCCAGCCAAAGCAAAGCAGCGACGGCUAUUCCUAUCAAACGUUCUAGAGCGCUUGAGAGCACCUGAUCAUAAUCUAACGUACCCCAUGUAAAAGGAUGACACCAAAUUUUAUUUGGAAGAGUUUGGAUCAGAAUGACAAAAAAACUGAUCGGAACAACAAAAAAAAUGAUCGUAACGACAAAAAACCCUAUCGUCUCUCUUCUUAAGCCACAGCACAGGACUGCAGGGUCAGGUCCACCAGCAAAAUAGUGUUGUUGUGUGUUUCUGUUGAACAUAUCCCAUGAUAUCAUAAACACUUACAUCAUACAUAUCUACUGGUAAUGGUUUUGUGAUUUUAUUUAAAAAGCAAUUAAACAUAUUUUACUGCU